AUGAAGUCGCAGGUGCUAAAUAACCACGUCUAUGUAUUUGUUUAUUCACUUGCUAGGGAGAAGCGGGCUGCGAAAGAGGAGAAACCGAGAAAGGAGGCGAGGCAGGUUCUGAAGCGCAACGUGACCAAAGCCAACCCCACGGACCCCGCCUCCCUGCACGACCGCCUCCUCCCCACCCUCUGCUCGGAGGCCGCCUGCGAGGACCUGGCCACGUUCUGCGGUGCCCUGAGAAACGUCGGUGCCCUCAUGAAGCCGGGGCGGCACGUGGCGAUGGUGACCAUCCUACGGGAAAACUAUGACGCCUUCAAAAAGCAAGUUUUCUCAUGCCUCCGCCCGGGGAGGAACGUGGUGGAGGAGGCCGUGGAGGGCGCUGGCUUUGGCGUGAAGUUCAGUGAGGUCCGGCCAUACCUGCCCGGCAACGUCCGCACGGACUGCAAAGCCACGCUGAGCCUCAUGGCACGCAGGCGUGCCUCCAUCACCAGACCGCGUGCGGGCACUGGGGAGGAAAACAGCAGUGCGUCUCGUUUCAAGAAGCCCCGCCGAUGUAACCCACAGCCCCUCACCCCUUUAUCUGAAAGCAAACAGACUCGCAAGUGCUCUGUAAGGACCGUUUGA